CUUCACAUUAAAAAAAAAACCAAAACCUAAAAAAGAAAUCCUCUCUUAAGAACCCCCAAUCCCCGAUGAAGCAAAUCCGGUCAACUCCGCCAUGGCUCCGCCUUAUAUGGUGGCCAGAGACCUAUAAACCCACCUUUCUCACCGAUUUUUGGAGCCCAUCAUCUAUAAAGCAUAGAUUCAAGGGCAAAACUCCGAGAACAUGGCCAAAAUCAGUGGAGCAACCAAGAAAUGCAUAUUUAUUCUCCUUUUUUGAUUUGACCCGAAUGGAGAACGACCAUCAACAAGGUGUCAGAGGCAUGUGGAGGCAAGCCGAGAAGCAGUGGCAAAGGCAAGGGUGGCGUGCGGCGCUGGUUAAGCUGAAGGAGGCUAGGGUUUGUUGGCUGAAAAGUUUUAGGAUUAGUUGGGCUAGGGUUUAGUUUUGGGCUUGGGUAUUGGGUUAAUUUGUAAUGGGUUUUAAUUGGGUAAUAAUAGACUGUUGUUGGUUUAUUGAGUCCGGUCAAAUUUGGGCAUUUACAAUAACAAGAAGUGGAAAGCCCUUUGCAAA